UGGGGCCAGAUGCAAUAGGGCAAGCUAAAAAUAGCCCGGCGGGCCGCCCCCAUUGGGGGUGGGGGUGGGGGCCUGGGCUGGGCGUGGACACAUGAUCCCCAGGACCCGGCUGAGUGGAGCUGAGACCAACCGGCAGACCGUGCACACUUCUGCUCCCCACUUCCAGGACCCACCCGGCCAGAGACCGCUCUCCAGCCACAGGAUGGGCAGCGGCCAGAGGAAGGUCAGCUGGACGCUGUGCUUCCUGCUGCCGCUGCUGCUCCUUGAAGCUGCGUCUGCCAAGAAUAUCUGGAAGCGGGCAUUGUACGCGAGGCUGGCGGAGAGGUCCCGCGCCGAGGAAGCGGGCGGCCCUCGGCAACCCCGCCCCGACCGCUGCCCGCCGCCGCCGCGCUCGCUGCCCCCCGGCGCUUGCCAGGCUGCGCGCUGCCAGGCCGACUCCGAGUGCCCGCGGCACCGGCGCUGCUGCUACAACGGCUGCGCCUACGCCUGCCUGGAGGCCGUGCCGCCCCCGCCAGUUUUAGACUGGCUGGUGCAGCCGAAACCUCGAUGGCUCGGGGGCAACGGCUGGCUCCUGGAUGGCCCUGAGGAGGCGCUGCAAGCAGAGGCCUGCAGCACCACAGAGGACGGGGCCGAGCCGCUCCUCUGCCCCUCAGGGUACGAGUGCCACAUCCUGAGCCCGGGUGACCUGGCUGAGGGCAUCCCCAACCGCGGGCAGUGCGUCAAGCAGCGCCGGCCGGCAGGUGGGCGGUUCUUACAACACAAAUUUUACAAAGAAUAUCCAGAGGGCGCCUCCAAGAACGUGGCAGAACACGGGAAAGGGCAGCACAGGCACUUUCAGUAAAGUGACGGCAGUGGCCAACCUGGAAGAACAUUCCUCUGCUUUCUGCUAAGCCUCAGAAACCGUUGGGUAAAAAGUGAUUUGACCCCCGGAGGUCAUGCCCAGCUCAAUAGUGCGUGACCCCAGAGAUACCUGGAGACAGGACCCCUGGCUCUCAACCCCAGCGUGACCCUGCCUGGCAGGGUGACUUCGUGGGAGCCACUCACUAGCUCCAGGUCCCUGUUUUACUGUCUUGGAAACAAGGCCCACCUAGCAAUCCCUUUGACCUUGCAGCUCCCACAUCUACCGUGCCAUCGUGAGCUGUGUGAGGUCCGUUUCUGAGACGGAGGUCAGCGUCUCGGUUGGUACGGAUGUCUUCCAGGGUUGCCUCUGGGCGGCAUGUACCCAUUGCACAUAUUCUCACAGUAAGGCUGCUCAUCAUAAAAUGGAAAUGAACUUGCCUACUCAUGCAUGAUUCAUAGCUUUAACCGCCUGAUGGUCUUA